AUGGACUCAUCGAGGACAAAAGAAUCAGAACUGGCUGUUGGCUCCAGGCUCCAGGCAAUACUCCCCUCACAAUCCAAACCAUGGUAUUUGACCGGGCAUCUCCUGCGAUUGAACUUUCUCCUCAUUUCACCGCUGCUUUCAUCAGCAUCUGUUGGUUAUGAUGGCUCGAUGAUGAAUGGCCUGCAGACUCUAGUUCAGUGGCGUGAAUUCUUCGGACACCCUCAAGGCUCAGUUCUCGGGCUCAUGAACGUUGUCUAUCCGCUCGGGAAGGUUGUGUCGCUGCCCCUGAUCACCUUCGUGUCUGAUCGAUACGGGCGGAAGAUCCCCCUGGCGGUCGGACUCGUAGCAUGCAUUGCAUUCGCUAUCAUGCAGGGUCUCGCACAAAAUUUCGCCACGUUCGUGACAGCUCGUGCUCUUCUUGGCUUUAGCACAAGUUUUGUGACCCAGCCGAGCCCCAUGCUUAUUACCGAGCUCGCAUACCCAACCCACCGCGGAAAGAUAACAGCAUUGUACAACACAUUUUUUUACGUGGGUUCUAUCAUUGCAGCGUGGUGUACUUACGGAACUUUCAAAAUCAACAAUAACUGGAGCUGGAGAAUUCCAUCGAUUGUUCAAGGGGCUCUACCGAUAUUGCAAGUCUCUAUGAUCUUUUUCGUUCCCGAGUCUCCAAGAUAUUUGAUAUCUAAAGGCAAAGUGGAACAAGCUCGCAAGAUUCUUGUAGACUGUCAUGCGGGAGGUGAUGUAGACUCACCUCUCGUCGAAUUUGAAAUGAACGAGAUCGAAGAGACCCUGAGAGCCGAAUCCAGCGAAUUAUCUUCGACCUCAUGGCUUGAUUUAAUUCGAACACCUGCAAAUCGCCGUCGAACUUUGAUUGCCGUUAUUGUUGGCUGGUUCAGUCAGUGGUGUGGUGUGGGUGUUGUCAGUUACUACAUCACGCUCGUACUAGACACGAUAGGUAUUACAGAAGUCAAGGAUCAAACCCUUAUUAAUGGACUCCUGCAGAUAUUCAACUUUCUAGUCGCCUCUUUGAUUGGUGCGAUGCUAGUCGAUCGUGCUGGAAGACGGAAAUUGUUUCUCAUCUCCACGGCAGGGAUGCUUGUCAGCUAUGUGAUCUGGACUGCACUGUCGGCGCAAUUCAACCAGACAAAAUCGCAGCCGACCGGUCGGGCUGUUGUGGCCUUUAUCUUUGUAUACUACUUCUUCUACGACAUUGCUUGGAGUCCCCUCCUGCAGGCCUACUCGGUGGAAAUUUUCCCUUAUACCCUACGUGGUCGUGGGUUAACCGUCACUUAUCUUUCUGCUUUCGUGGGUCUCAUCAUCGGAAACCAGGUCAAUUCCAUCGCCUUGAGCAACAUUGGUUGGAGAUACUACAUUGUCUUUUGCUGCCUUCUUGGGCUGACUCUCGUCUUGAUUUGGUUCCUGUUCCCGGAGACCAAGGGACGCACCUUGGAAGAGAUUGCCGAGGUAUUUGAGGACAGAAACCAGAACCACCCUAAUAAUGAUUUCCACAAGGGUGGAGCUGCAGUGGAUGACCGGGCAGAAAAGAACGAGUGUUGGUCUCAACACCGGGAAACCGAGGAAAUUUCAAGUGGAAGCAGAUAG